CAAUAGGGAGCGACUGCGGGAGAAGUUCAAACUGCGGCGGCGGUUGGGGCGGACGCUCCGUGCUCCCGGCACUCCCGGUCCCCUCGGUCCCGCCGAGCCCGUCCCGUGUCCCUGUUCCCCUCCUCCUGGCCCGGGCGGCUAUGGCGGACGAGAGCGCCGUCACGGUGUGCGUGCGUGUGCGGCCGCUCAUCGCCAGAGAAAAUGCCUCAGGAGAUAAAGUGUCCCUGCACUGGAGAAGUCAGAAUAAUACUGUUUCCGACGUGAAUGGUACCAAAAUAUUUAGUUACGAUCGUGUCUUUCACUCAAGCGACAGCACUCAGCAGUUGUAUGAUGGUGUAGCUGUUCCAAUUAUACAGUCAGCUGUGCAAGGCUAUAAUGGCACAAUUUUUGCUUACGGACAGACUGCUUCAGGGAAGACUUACACAAUGAUGGGAAAUGAAGAUUCCAUGGGCAUUAUCCCUACGGCAAUUCAACAUGUGUUCAGAAUUAUUUGUGAGAUUCCAGAUAGAGAAUUCCUGCUAAGAGUUUCUUACAUGGAAAUCUACAAUGAAACAAUUACUGAUUUGCUUUGUGACAAUAGGAAAAAGAAACCUCUGGGAAUUCGUGAGGAUGUUAAUAGGAAUACAUAUGUAGAAGAUCUGAUUGAAGAAGUUGUGGUUGCCCCAGAACAAGUUAUGGAAUGGAUCAGAAAAGGAGAAAGAAAUCGCCACUAUGGAGAAACAAAAAUGAAUGAACACAGCAGCCGUUCUCACACUAUCUUCAGAAUGAUCAUUGAAAGCAGAGAACGAAGUGACCCUGCAAAUUCAAACUGUGAUGGAGCUGUCAUGGUUUCCCAUUUGAAUUUGGUAGAUCUGGCAGGCAGUGAAAGAGCUAGUCAAACAGGAUCUGAAGGUGUUCGACUGAAAGAAGGCUGCAAUAUAAAUCGGAGUUUGUUCAUUCUGGGUCAAGUUAUCAAAAAACUUUGUGAUGACCCUUCUGGCUUCAUAAAUUAUAGAGACAGCAAGCUGACUCGAAUUCUGCAGAACUCCCUUGGAGGAAAUGCUAAAACGGUUAUUAUAUGUACAAUUACUCCUGUUUCUUUUGAUGAGACACUCAGCACUCUUCAGUUUGCCCAUACAGCAAAAGGAAUGAAGAAUACACCAAAAGUGAAUGAAGUACUUGAUGAUGAUGCCCUCCUGAAGAGAUACCGCAAAGAAAUUCUGGAUUUGAAGAGGCAGCUGGAGGAAGUGUCUUCAAAAACUCAGAUUCAUGCAAUGGAAAAGGACCAGUUGGCCCAGCUGUUGGAAGAAAAAAAUUCCCUUCAAAAAGUACAGGAGGACAGAAUACGAAACUUAACUGAGAUGCUGGUGACUUCUGCUUCCUUUGCCUCAAAACAGAAUGUUAAAGCCAAGAGAAGAAGAAGAGUUACUUGGGCUCCUGGUAAAAUAAACCAGGAAAAAGUGAGCUUUUUUGAAGACUUGGAAAAUACCAUGCCGACUCAGACAAAAAAAAUGAAGUUGUCUCUGCCAGCAGUACCAGAUGUGGAGGAUUCUACCUUAGAGAAUUCUGAGUAUGACAGCCCUUGCCUGAUGGCUUCUGAUCGAAUUUCAGAAGCAGAAUGGAUUGCUGGUCCCAACAUGAACUGGAUCCAUAAAGACUUUGAAGAAUCUGUGCAACUCUGUGAAGCAUUAGCACUAGAAAAGGAUAUCGCUGUAAAUGAAGUCAACAUCCUGCAAGCUAACUUCAACAACCUAGUGCUGGAAAAUGAGCAGUUGAAAUCAGAAAUAAAUGAAAUGAAAGAGAGACUGAAGGAAAAAACAGAAAUAGAUGAAUUCGAAGCACUGGAAAAGCAAACACAAAAAGAUCAUGAGAUUCAGCUAAUGCAUGAAAUUACCAGCUUAAAGAGUCUAAUUUCAAAUGCUGAAGUGUACAAUGAGGAACUUGAGGCAGAAGUAAAUUCCAAACUGGAACAGCUAAAAGAGAAAGAGAACAAAAUAAAGAUAUUACAGAACCGUGUGGAGGAAUUACAAAAAGCAGGAGUGGAAAAAAAGGAGGCUUCUUUUUCAGUGGGAGAUUCUGAUAAACUAAUUGAAGAAAUUCAGCAGCUGAAUAAAUCCCUCUUAGACAGCGAAGCCAUAGCCUUGGAUGCCAAAAAGGAAUCUGCUUUUCUCAGAAGUGAAAAUUUGGAUUUGAAGGAGAAAAUGAAUGAACUCUUAAAUAACCACAACCAAAUGCAAAAGGAUGUUCAAUUAUAUCAGAAGCAAAUAGAAGCGGGAAAAGCCAGUUACCAAAAAAUGCAAAGUGACUUGCAGAGAGAGCUCCAAUCUUUAUUUCAAGAAAACACAAGACUAACUUCACUGAUGGAGGGUAAAGUUCCAAAAGAUUUGCUUUCUCAUGUGGAGCUGGAAAAGAAGGCAGCUAAUUUAAAAGGAGAACUAGAAAAUGCUUUGAAAGAAAAGGCACUACUACAAAAACAAGUAAAUGAGCUAGCAGAAUUUCAAUCUCUGCCAAAUACUGUUGAGAUGCAAAAGAAAGAGAUUCUUGAAAAAUGUGAGGAGUUACGCUUAUUAAAACUGGAAAAUGAAAAGCUGCUUUCUGAAGUAGCUGAUAAUGAAAUGAGACUUAAACAUAUGUCUGAAGAAAUUGAAAAAUCAAAAGACAAUCUCACAGAUGCACAACUGAAAUAUGUGAAGUCUGAUGAGAAGUAUGUAGCACUUAAACAGGUCCAUGAAGAAAUAGAACAAAAAUACAUAGCUGCAUCAGAAACCAAUGAACAAAUGAAGCUCCAAAUAGAAUGCCUAUCUAAAGAAGCACAAGAGUCUAAAACAAUUUUGGAUGAAGUGAAAUUAGAGCUCUCUAGCAAAAUGAAAGAACUGGAAGAAAAAACAUCAGAGCAAAAACAACUUCUUGAGCUAAGAGAAAAUCUUACUCGAACUCAGCAGAAGUUAAAUGAAAUGGAGCAAUUAAAAGAGGAAGAAAGAAUUAGUGAAGUGAGAUUGGAGGCCAAAGAUUUGGAGAUCCAAGCAGUCUUGCAGCAGCUUGCAGAAUGUCAGGAAGAAAUAAAAACUCUAACACAGGAAAGAGAUGACCUGAAGCAAAAAGGGGAGUCUCUCCAAGCUGAGACCGAGCAACUCAAAGGGGAUAUAGAGGACACUGUUUCAAUGAACAUUUUGGCUCAUGAAGAUCUGAGAAAUACACAAAAUUCUUUGAAGGAAUCCCAGAACACUGUCAAGAAGUUGGAAAAAAGUAUUUCUGAAAAAGAAUCUCAGAUUCUGAGUGUUGAAGAGACACUAGGAAAAACCAUUAAAGAACUUCAAAUGCGGAUCUCAGAAAUGACAGAAGAAAUGAAAAUCCUCACCUCAGAGAGAGAUCAGCUUGCUCAGGAGAAAUCAGAACGUAAUAGCUGUAAAGAAAGUGAUCAGCUUCAGGUGCAGAAGGAACAAAUAACUUUCCUUACACAAGAGAACCGUUCAUUGCAGGAGAAGCUGGAGAGUUUACUUUUGAAAAAAGAGGAGUGCUGGGAAGGAACUUUGAUACCACAGAUCCAAGGACAAUCUAUGGAGCAAGAGUUGUCUCUUCUGAGAGAAGAGCUGAGCAAGGCAAAAAAGAAAUUGCAUGAAAUGGAGGAAGCAAAGGCCAGUGAGCAUCAAGGAGAAUCUGAAAAAACAGGGAAAACAGAUGUUAUUUUGAAACCAUAUAAUUGCCAAGAAAUAAGUAGCCAGACAGAAAGAGAUGAUGAUGAUGAUGAAGAUUUUAAAAUGCAAUUGGAAGAUCUCCAGAAUGAGAGAGACCAGCUAAGAGAAACUCUACAGGAGACAAUUAGCAAGAACUGCGAGGUGCAGGAGGAGUUGAGAUGUACUCGUGAAUCUCUUGGACAACAUCAGGAGAUGAUUGUGGAGCUGAAAGGAAGUAUUUCAGAGAAAGAAAAUCAGCUCUUGAAGGCGCAAGAGGCAUUGAAGGAAAAAACCGAUGAACUGCAGCAGAAGCUCACUGAAGUCACUGAAAACCUGACUCGUGUCUCAGCUGAGUAUGGCAACCUCCUGGCAGAAAAGGAACAAACUGAAAGGGCAAUGAAUGAGCAAGUGUGUCAGCAGCUUGAGAAAAUCACUUCACUUAACAAGGAGAAAGAGGAGCUACAGCAAAUGGUAGAGGCUUGUAAAGAAAGGGAAGAACAUUUGUUAAAGGUUCAGAGGCAGACAGAGAUUUUGAAGGACAGCCUAACAAGCAAGAUUCAACAGUUAACGGAGACACUAAAUAGUGUAUCAUGUGAGAAGAACCAGUUAUUAGCUGAAAGAACUAGUUACUCUUUACAAUUUAAAGAACAAAUCUCAUCAGUUAAUCGAGAAAAAGAUGAGCUACAAAAACUUCUUCAGGAUGUCAGAUCUGAGCGGGACCAGCUCAAGACAGAAAUGCAAAGAAAUUCUGAGCUGUGUGUUGAAACAAAGGCAAAACUGGAAGAUGCUUUAGAACAACUGAAGCAGAGAAACCUGAAUAAUAUGUCCAUUCAGGUAAACACAGUGGAUAUUGCAGAGGGGGUGGCUGAUGACAUCUUGAAAGAAAAAACCUUGAAAAUUAAGGAGCUUCUUGAGAAAUUCCCAAAUAUGGAGAAGAGAUACGAGUGUCUCUCUACAGUGUCUCUUAAGCUAAAGAGUGAACUGAAUAGUCAGAAAGCACUGAUAGCUGUGAUACUGCCUCAGCUUACGUUGGAGCAGAGUAAACAAGUCAAAACACUUCAAACUCAAAAUGAGGAAAUGAACUCUCGUUUCCAGAAGUUACUGACCAAAUUGAAGCUUCUGUUCCGUUCUGUUUGCACAAAGAAAAGAGAAUAUCACACUACUGUUCACAAGUAUGAAAUGGAAUUGCUUGAGGAAAGGAGAAAACAAGAUCAGCUACAAUCCCAGAUUCACUAUCUCAGGAAGAUUAAUUUGAAGCAGAGUGAAGUAUCAUCUCAAGAGUUAAAUGGCAAUGAAGGGCUGCAGAGUUUCCACUUGGAUGCAGAGAGCAUUCUCAAAGAUGUAUCAGAAAUGGAACAUGAACUUCUCUGCAUAGAAGCAGAAUUACAGCAGGAAGAAAGUGCUAGAAAAGAAACAAUACAGUUCUUGGAAGCUUGUUCAGGAACUCACUGGGAUUCAGAGGAACUGAAAGAAGAACUAAAGAAAGAUAAUGAAAGACUCUUGCAAGUCUUUAAAUUCUGGAGUCCUAAAGUAAAGAUACUCCUUGAACUUUCUUCAGAGCUGGAUGCCAGAACUGCCAAUUACAGUAAAAAGGCUGAUGUUGAAUUAAAACAGAGAAAAGAGAAAAAUGAAGAGUUGCUUCAGGAUCUAAACACUCUAAAAGCAAAACUGGCCCCUGGUGGCUCUGCCAGUCUGGCAUUAGAAGAAGAAAAUUAUAGGCUUCAUAAUAAAUUAAAGGCUGCAGAGCAAGAUAAAAAGGCUAUGGAAGUAAAAAUGCUGAAGUUAAAAAAUGUAAUAAAUGAAGUAGAAGAAAGUGUCAAAGAGAAAGAUGACAAGAUAAGCAAGUUACAAGUACAGAUAAGAUUAAGAACAGACACAAGUGAGCUCACCCAACUGCAAGCCAAACUGAAUGAGAUGGAUGAUUGCCUCAGGACCACCUUAACAGAGAAGCAGAGUCUUCAGGCAAAAUUAGAUAAAGGUGCUGAGCUGUACAAAGAAGAAAUUGACCAUCUCAAAACGCAAUUGGUAAAAUGUGAUCUGGAAAGAAUGAAACAGUCCAACUCCUUUGAAGUGAAACUUGCUAAUUAUAAGGCCCUUGCAGAACACCGAGAACAACAGUUAACGAAGCUAAAAGAAGAACUGAGAAGAGCACACCAAGAGCAAGAUAUUACUGUGUUGAAAGAAGCAGAUCCUCAGCAAUCCCAAAUACCCCUUACUUGUGGUGGUGGCAGUGGUAUUGUGCAGAGCACACAAAUACUUGUUCUAAAAUCUGAACAAGCUAAGCUACAGAAAGAGAACUUGCAGCUGAAGAAACAAAAUGACCUUCUACUGAGUGAUGAACUUGAACUAAAAGAGGAACUCAAGAAAUGGAAAGAAAGAGCACUAAAAUGGAGAGAACGAUCCUUAAGAGAAACUACUCGAGAGACGGUACCGAAGUCUCCUAAGAAAGCAGCGUCAUAUUUCUUUAAAGAGCAAAUGCCUUCACCUUCCAAGGAAACUGUUUCUCAGGACAUAGUGACUCAGGACCUACCAAAGCCUCUGCCUCUGACUUGUCCAACGAAUUUCUUUGAUAAUUCCAACUUGGGUGUGCUAACAGAUACACGAUCUGCAGGCACAGAGUCCACAGAAGAACAUCUUAAGCGCUUGUUUGGGACUUCAGACAAAGAUAAAGCCCCUGAUUGUAGCACCCAAUAAAGAUGUUCUUUCAAAAGCUCCUCUUACAGUGGCCACAGCCAGGAUCUGCAUAUACAAAAGAAAAUUGCUUCAGGUUAAAAAGCAUCAGCAUGUUCCAUCUUUGCUGUCUUGGAGUUUCUACUUCCCACAACUGAGAAAGCUGGAAUAUGAGGACAAAAAUGGAAAACCAGAUGAUGCACCACAAUUUGCUAAUCUGCUGGUGUUCUACUUUGGAGUUUUGAUGUGCAUUUUUUUAAUGGCAAAGAGAAGCUAAUGAAUGUAUUGAAGAAAAAAAUGGAGAAAGGAAUGGAUCACAAACCAGUCUACUGUGAAACAUCUCAGUCUCAAACUUUACACUGUCAUUCCUAAAACAGCCCUUUUUUGGGGUGUUGGUAUUUUUAUCUUCAGAGUGCUGUUGACUUGACAAGAAAUAUACUUUUUCUUUCUUAGUAUGUGGUUUUUAUACCAUGUUUUCUUUAAGCCAACAGAAACUGCAUUUCACCACAAUCUUGACCUCUUCGGACACUGAAACUGAAGUUACUGAUCUUCUGUUUGUAAAGCACACAAUCAAGGGCUCUUUCUAAACUUCUUAAAAGUUCCUGCAGAUCACCCAAUUAUGGUACCAUGAGUAACUUUGAAUUUUGCAUCAUUUUUCAAUAUACCUGUCUGAAGUUGUGUAUGGGACUUUUUAAAUAGUAAGUGUGAUAAAUGCCAAUCACUUCCUUUUUGAAAUUUAUGAAAUUUUAAUAAAGAAUAAAAAUUGGUUACAAAAAUUAAUACAAUAAUAAAAGUUUAAAAAGGUUUUCAGAGACAGGACAAAUAAUGAGACAAAUAAGAGCAAAGAAGGUAGCCCGGGUCUACCGUCCCCCCUCCCUCUCAGACAAAGGCUGUGAAGGAGAAGGGCCUCCUUCGGGAGGAAUGUCCCCUUUUUGAAGACCAAAAUUUCAAAAUUAUGCAAUCUUUAUCUUAAGACAGACCCGUUUGCCCAGAGUCCCCCUUCUAAUCCUGGGUGUCCAGGAGUUGGGCUUGACCAGGUGGUUCGUGUGGAUUCAGUCUGGGUUGACCAGGUGGCUUCUGUGGAUGCAGGGAGAUAUGCAUCUUGUCUUCUGAAAGUCCUAAGGGGGGGUUCUCUUCUUCUUGUUGUAACUGUUAUCUCUGUUGAGAAACACCUCUGGGCCUCUCCCUUUUUGUUGUUUUUUUUUGUUUUGUUUUGGUUUUUUUUUUUUUUUUUUCUUCUUGAGCUAAAGAAAAUAUCUUACACACAAUUCUUUUAUUACUAAAACUUAAUGCUAAAAAUUACAUUUACUAUAUUAUUCAAAUGUCAAUACAGCAUAACUUUUCUACCUAGCAUUAUUGUAUAUAGUAAAUAUCUGCAUAGAGCCACACACACAACAAGCCUUUUUCACAGUAAGCAAUGGACUUAACACUCUUCUGCCUCAAAUGAGAUCACUGGGGCAAGAGGGACUCUCUUAUUAACCUACUUAUCUGCAUUUUUUAUGUUUUAUAUAAGAAGUUUUGACUGUGGUGGCACAGGUUUUGCUUCUUUAUAAAAUAACUUUUAUGUGAGUUUUCUCUACAAUGAUUUGUUCUAUGUACCCCCAUUUUACCUUACCACUGUUUUGCCCCUGGAAUUCCCCUAGUCACAGUUAACUGUCAGUCCCUUCUCCCUCCUUCCCUGGAGCCUGCCUGUCACCUGGGGCCCUGCCUUAGGACUAGAAAGUUCUGGGAGUGGUAGGCCAGGUCCAGAGGAGGUCCCUUUCUCUCCCUUGUGUUUGGUCCUCCCAAUCCGCGCCCAGGCUCAUCCCUGUUCCUCACCACCCCUGGCACCUCCCCUCAAUAAAAGAGGCUGUCACAGAGCUGGGAGCGGCUCGGCCUGAGCAGUUGCUAGGUGGUGAGGAGGGUAUUUUGGGUCUCCAAUAAACUCUUUGGAUUUACUUGGCUGGCUCCUCCCGUUAUUCCUCCGCCACUGUCUGCCAGUGACCAGCGUGUUCUCCACACUGUUGGAACCAAGAGCCACAGGAUGGGCUCGGCCUGCGCUGCCUGCCAGCCGUGCCUGCUGUCUGCCGUGGUGCCUGAGCCGGCAGGUCAGGAACUGUGCUCCUAGAGGCAUCGCAACACCCAACAAUAAAGUUUCAUUAAAUGUGUAAAAUGGGUUUUGCUGUUCACUUGUGCUAUGAUCCAGGGAUACUGAUUACAACAUUCAGUGGCUAAAUGUUACCAAAUUACUAUCUUCUAUAUUGACUUCAUCAUUUCCAUCAUUAUUUUGCUUAUUGUUUCUGUCCUCUAUAACCUUCUGCAGCAGUUACUUGUGAAAAAAUUUCCUGUUGUCAGAUUUUUAUUAUGUCUUUGAGUCUGUCAAAAGUGGUUGAAGUCUAAAACAUAGAUCCUCCUCCUUUUCCUCCCCUCCAUGCCAUUCACUGCCAACUAAAUAGAAAUAGGGCACUCUGAACCUGAGAUUAACUCCAUUAAGGAUGAAAUCAUCAUCGUGAGAUGAGAAAGUCAUGCCUAAGAAACCUGCAUCAAAAGCAUCAUCCUUAUUUUAGAGGAAUAAAUCUCUCAGUGAUUAGGUCCUCUUUGGGUCACCAAAACUGACAAGCAAAAGGCUUGUCAAAAAUACUGAGAUGUUCCUGAGCAUUCAGCAGUCUCUUGAAUUGGGGGAGUCACACAAGGAUUUUUUACCUGAUGGAGGUGAUACUUUAAUAAAGAACCAACCUUCUAUUUAGUUUGAACUGCUCAAAACUGCCAACCACUGUACCUGCUAGGAAGCUGCAAGGAUUUAACUCAAUCUCUGGCCUGGAAUGUGUUUUGGGAAGCUUUUAAGGGCACGACAAGCCAAAAAUAUACAGGUUCUAAAUAGCAUUACAGAGUUGGGCACUGCAAUGUCUAGAGCCACAGGUAUUUAUUUUCUGACAAGGAUAAAUGCAAAGUGCUGGUGUGUUUGUGGUGGGAGUUUUUUGGGUGUUUUUUUGGGGUUGUUUGUUUUAUGUUGGUUGGAAGUUUUUUGGUUUUUUUGGUUUGGUUUUGGUUUUUUGGGGUUUUUUUUUUGGUUGUGGGGUUUUUUUUGUUGUGGUUUUUUUGAUUUUUUGGUUUGGUUGUGGGUUUUUUGGGUGGGUUUUUUUUGGUUUUUUGGGGGUUUUUUUUGUGUUUGGGUUUUUUUUCAGUUUGGUUUGUUACUUUUUAUAUUUCCCACUAUGAUUAAAGAGAUUUCCCUUGGCUACCAGCAUUUUGGUGUUCUAAUAAAUGAAUUAGACUGACUUAUUUUUCUUCCAGAAUUGGGAAAGAAGGUGUAUAUAUAGAUCUACCUCUUCCAUAUGCAAUUUCCAGUGGUUUGGUUUGGGUUUUUUUUAUUAUUAUUACUUGAUUGGAACUAGAUUUGGUCAUUUUUUCUGGUGAUUGAACUAAAAAAAGCAGAAAUCAAUUGUAACAGGUCUGUGGCUGAAUUCGGGUGGCAAAAGCUUAGGAGCAGAAGAAUACAUGCUUUUAGCAAAUUAAGUCAUUAAAAUUUCGUUUACUGGGGAGCUGAUUUAGAAAGCUUUAAAAGCUAUCAUAGUUCAGCAAAAAGAGAGGAUAAACUGAACUUCCGUGUAUGUGUGUCUCAGUUUAUCCACAGAAGUGGCUUUUCUGAGAACAAACUAACUGAAGUUUAGGUAGGACACCAAAUUCUUAAUAAUCUGAUCACGUAGUUUUAAGUCUGGUGUGAGCUUAUAGCUAAAUUAGUUUGUCCUAAAAUUUUUCAGUCUAAUGUUAAUUCUGCUUUAACAUAUGCAAGUUAAAAUACUAGAAACAAAAUAUGCAUUGGUAAAUCACCAGUUUAACAACAACAACAACAAAAAUCAUGUAAGUUUUGUCCUGGUUUGGAAUUUAAUAGUUUAUACUGCAAAAAAACAUUGCUUGGAAAAACAUGGUUGUGGCGUUUUGGUGGGAAUCCUACUGAUCUCUUGAAUUCCCAUUGUAAGAGA